AUGAACCAGUUAGUUGAAAGCUCAACGAAUGCUCAAAGGGUCUCUAGAGUUCAAGCUCCACUGGUUGACUCUGUUUCUUGCUACUGUAAAGUAGAUUCAGGCCUGAAAACGGUUGCUGGGGCAAGGAAAUUUGUUCCUGGAUCAAAAUUAUGUAUCCAACCUGACAUAAACCCAAAUGCACAUAGGAGCAAAAACUCACGCAGAGAGAGGACAAGAGUUCAGCCUCCACUUCUUCCUGGUCUUCCUGAUGAUCUUGCUAUUGCAUGUUUGAUUCGUGUACCUCGGAUUGAGCAUGGUAAACUGCGUUUGGUUUGCAAGAGAUGGUAUCGCCUCCUGUCUGGAAAUUUCUUUUAUUCACUCAGGAGAAGUCUUGGAAUGGCUGAAGAAUGGGUUUAUGUCAUUAAAAGAGAUCGCGAUGGAAGAAUUUCAUUGCAUGCUUUUGAUCCCAUCUACCAACUGUGGCAAUCUCUUCCUCCUGUUCCUGGGGAAUAUUCUGAAGCAUUGGGAUUUGGAUGUGCAGUUCUCAGUGGUUGUCACCUGUACUUAUUUGGUGGAAAAGAUCCUCUGAAAGGAUCUAUGAGACGUGUUAUUUUCUACAACGCUCGUACUAAUAAGUGGCAUAGAGCACCAGAUAUGCUGCGGAAACGUCAUUUGUUUGGUUUUUGUGUAAUAAAUAACUGUCUCUAUGUUGCUGGUGGGGAAUGUGAAGGAAUCCAAAGAACACUUCGAUCUGCUGAAGUUUAUGAUCCCAACCGGAACAGGUGGAGCUUUAUCUCAGAUAUGACCACAGCAAUGGUGCCCUUUAUUGGCGUUGUUCAUAAUGGCACAUGGUUUUUGAAGGGACUUGGAUCAAACCGCAAUGUCAUGUGCGAAUCCUAUUCACAGGAAACUGAUACCUGGACCCCAGUGAGUAAUGGAAUGGUCAACGGUUGGCGUAAUCCUAGUAUCUCCGUGAAUGGACAACUCUAUGCACUUGAUUGCCAAGAUGGGUGCAAGCUCAAAGUAUAUGACAGAGCAACUGAUUCUUGGAAGAAGUUCAUCGAUAGCAGGCUCCAUCUUGGUAGUUCUCGAGCCCUUGACGCCGCUGCUCUUGUUCCCCUCAAUGGAAAGCUUUGCAUUAUACGCAACAAUAUGAGCAUCAGUCUUGUUGAUGUUUCGAGUCCAAGCAGACGCGUGGAAAACAACCCUCACCUUUGGGAAAAUAUUGCUGGGAAAGGUCAUGUCAGGUCUUUAGUUAGAAAUUUAUGGUCGACUAUAGCAGGGCGUGGUAAUUUGAAGACUCACAUUGUUCAUUGUCAAGUUCUUCAAGCCUGA